AUGUUGUUCAAGUCCCUUGUCCUCCUCGCUGGUACCGCUGCCGUGGCCCACGGUGCUCCCUCCGCUCCUGGUGCUAAUGACAUCCCCCGUGAUGUCCUCACUCAGAUCUCGUCGUGGGGAUCCAACCCCACCAACCUCCAACUUCACCUCUAUGCCCCCUCCAACUUGACCGGCAAGCCAGCCAUCAUCCUCGCUCUCCACGGCUGCUUCGGCUCCGGCCCCGGGCACGCCGAAAUGACUUCCCAAUUCCAAACCCUCUCCUCCUCCCGCAACUUCGUCGUCCUCUACCCAUCCUCCAUAAACGACAAUAACUGCUGGGACGUCGCCUCCCCCGCCUCCCUCACCCGCGACGGAGGAGGUGAUUCCACCGGCCUAGCCACCAUCGUCCGCUGGGCCACCACCACUUUCAACGCCGACCCCAAGAAGGUCUUCAUCACCGGGUCAUCCUCAGGUUGCAUGAUGUCCAACGUCAUGGCCUCGGCCUAUCCCGACCUCUUCUCCGCCGUGUCCUGCUACAGCGGCGUCCCAGCCGGCUGUCUCGCUGGCUCCCCUGGCAGCAGCCCCAUCAGCGCCGAUCAGACGUGCGCCAACGGGGGGAUUAGAAAGACGGGGGAGGAAUGGGCUGAGGUGGUGAGGGGGAUGGCGCCUUUGCCUGAGGGCAAGGGCAAGGGGAAGGGCAAGGGUAAAGGGAAGGGGAACCAGGGGUGGAAGUAUCCCAAGGUUGCUACCUGGCAUGGGGAUAAUGACUUUUUCGUGAACUAUUUCCACAACUUUGAGGAGCAGCUUAAGCAGUGGGGGGCGAUUCACGGGGUGGAGUUUACCAGGAAUGAGACGAAUGUUCCGGCGGCGGGCUACACCAAGAUGGUGUAUGGGGAUGGGACGAAGCUGGUGGGAUAUUCGGCUAGUGGGGUGGGGCAUGUGGUGCCGCAGUUUGAGGCGGUUGAUCUGGAGUGGUUUGGACUUUGA